UUCAUUACACUUUGUGAAUUAGCAAGUGAGUCAUAUCACGUGAUAAAAGCCUCUAUUCUCUAAAGUUUAAGCCUACUUUCAAAAUGGCAGAGCCACAGCGAAGAAGCAUGACUCUCUCAGAAGAGCAGCGCGAAGAACUUUCUGAUCAGUUUAAAACGCUUGACAAAGAUGGCAAUGGUUACCUUGACAUGAGUGAACUAAAGAGAGCAUUAGACAUUGUUGGUUUCAAGAUCCCCCAGUGGCAAGUUAGACAAAUGAUUGAUGAACUGGACCGAAGGAAUUUCAACAAAGAAAAGGGACAGUUAAGUUUUGAAGAAUUUCAGAAGCUGUACACUGAUCUCAAGUCAAAAGAUGUUUCAAGCCAGUUCAAAACAGUUGUUUCUAAACGUGAAAAUCUUCAGACACUUGGUGGUAUGUCAGAGGCGUCAAGUGAAGGCACCACGCAUUCAGUUCGGCACGAAGAACAAGUGGCUUUUUCCGAUUGGAUAAACAGCAAUCUUGGUAUGGAUUCAGACCUACAGCAUUUACUGCCCAUUGACCUAGAAGGACGGAUGUUGUAUGAGAGGGUCAAAGAUGGAAUCUUGCUUUGCAAAAUUAUUAACCAUUCUUGUGCUGAAACAAUUGAUGAGAGGGCAAUAAAUAAAAAGAAUCUCACAGUUUACACAAAGCAUGAGAACUUAACCUUGGCUCUGAAUUCUGCCCAAGCCAUAGGCUGUAACAUCAUCAAUAUUGAUGCCCAUGACCUUGCCAAAGGCAAACCCCACCUGGUGUUGGGACUCCUAUGGCAAAUAAUUCGGAUUGGUCUGUUUAAUCAGAUCACACUAGAACAGUGCCCUGGACUAGUGCAGUUGCUCUUUCCUGGUGAGGAAAUGGCUGACCUUCUCAAACUGUCACCGGAAAACAUUCUCAUCCGAUGGGUGAACUAUCACUUGGAGAGGGCAGGUGUUGCUAGAAGGCUCACAAAUUUUACAUCUGAUGUUAAGGAUUCAGAGAUCUAUACACAUCUGUUGUACCAAAUAUCUCCCCAUGAAGCUGGAGUUACAACAGAAGCUCUUCGAGAACCAAAUCUAGUGAGUCGAGCAGAAAUCAUGCUGCAGCAGGCUGACAAGAUACGAUGUCGCAGUUUUCUCACACCCAAUGAUGUUGUUGAAGGUGUUUACAAGUUAAAUGUGGCUUUUGUUGCCAAUCUGUUUAACAACCAUCCAGCAUUAGACAAACCGGAAGUACCACUAGAAUUAGAGAACUUGGAAGAAACCAGGGAAGAAAAGACAUAUCGUAACUGGAUGAAUAGCAUGGGAGUUAACCCUCAUGUGAACUGGUUGUACAGUGACUUAGCUGAUGGGUUAGUCAUCUUUCAGUUGUUUGACAUCAUCAAACCAGGAGUGGUCAGUUGGAAUAAAGUACACAGAAUGUUUAGUAAACUGAAAGGUUUCAUGGAGAAACUGGAGAAUUGUAACUAUGCUGUUGACCUUGGCAAAAAACUCAAAUUUUCGUUAGUGGGAAUUGCUGGAAAUGACAUUUCAGAAGGAAAUCCAACCCUUACACUUGCUCUUGUGUGGCAGUUGAUGAGGGCCUACACGCUCAGCAUUCUGACCCAGUUGGCCGCAACAGGUAACCCAAUUGUGGAAACGCAGAUUGUGGAGUGGGUAAACAAAAAGUUGAAGGAAGCGGGAAAACCAACAAGUGUUAAGAGCUUUCAGGACUCUGGAAUUUCUGAUGCUACUCCUGUCAUUGACCUUAUAGAUGCAAUUCAACCAGGCUCAAUUAAUUAUAGUGCUGUCUUGCCUGGUAGUGAUGAUGAUGAGAAGAUGGCAAAUGCCAAAUAUGCCAUUUCUGUAGCUCGUAAAAUCGGUGCUCGUAUUUAUGCCUUACCUGAAGACAUUGUUGAAGUCAAACCCAAGAUGGUAAUGACAGUGUUCUCAUGCCUGAUGGGCCGAGACUACAUUCCAAACAUGGGAGUAAAAAGUCAAAACAACAGUAAUGAAUAAAAACAAAACCAUGAGCAGUUACAUCUAGUGUUUACAAAGCAAGUGCAUGUCAAAAAUUAUUUUUUAUUUUACUUGAGUGCACUAAACUAAAAUAAAAUACCCUAUAUUUUGGCUUUUUUGAUCAUUUAGAGGAAGAUUAAAUUUGUGCUGGGCACUUUAAUCAUCAUAUCUUUACCAUUAAUGUGUGCUUGGUGGGUAUUCUUAUCAAUGACUUACUCUGAAUAUUUAAAAUGAAAAUAUGUUGCCAAAAUUGAUGUUGUUGGGAAAAGUUACUUGAAUUUUGAAUUACAUAUUUUUCGCAGGGUAAAUAUAAGGCAACAUUAUAUGAGUAACUUCUUUCUUAGGGAUCAACAGAGCUUUGUUUUUAUUUUUUCAUUCUUAUUUGUCAUGCAAACAUUAGAAAACUAGUCCAACGUUUUAGUUUCCAAAAUAUCAGAUAAAGAUAUCUAACUUUUUUAACUUAGUUUUUCUUUUACUGCUGUUGUUGCAUUUGUUGAUUAAAAAGGGUCUACUUUUUUGUCUGCUUGCUAUAUUAAUAAUAUUUUAUCAGAGAAAUUACUAAAUAUUUUUAAUGUUACUGGUUAAUGUUCAGUCUUUCCUGAUAUCUGGUAGUAAAAUUACAUAAAAGGGUUUGAGUGUUUAAAACAAAUACUUAGUGAGUGUUGAUUGGCUUUAAAAUGCUUACCUGCAUUCAACUAUUAGGUAUUUAAGUAGUUUCUAGGAUGAUAUAUAUAUAUAUAUAUAUAUAUAGACCAGUUUUUUGUUUAAUGUCUCUCUUCUUUACAUAUUGUUCUUCAUUGAUAUGAAUCUUUAUUUUAGUUCAGUUGUUAGUAGAUUUGGUAUGUCUUUGUAUAUGUGAACUACCAAUGUAAACUGACUGUGUUUCACUGGUGUAUUAAUUCAUCUAUUAGUAGAUUUGGUAUGUCCAUGGCUAUGGGCUCAUUGUCAGAUGUUACUUAAAGGGACCAUUAUACAACACUUCUGUAUUUUAAUGUGCUGUUUUGUUAAAAAUCAGAUCUGUCUUCCAUAUGAACUAUUUUUUUAUAAAAAUGCUAUUUUUGGAUAUUCAUAAAAAAAAACCUAAUAUGAUUUUUUGAUUUUUUUUUCAAGAUGAAUUGAAAUAUUCAUGACCGUUAUCAUGAUAGCUUAAUUAAUGAAUAUGUUAUAGCCUUUUUUUUUCCACCUAAACUUGCAUUGUUGUAACAGGAUUGUAUAUACAUGUAGUAAUUUCUUUUUCUUUUUUUCUGGUUCUCUUAUCUUAAUUGUAAGAUCUUUAAUUAAAUAUUUGUAUACCUUCAUAUUAUGCAUUGUUAAGUUAACCUGCAUCUUUGUUUUGUUGAAUAUGUGUGAAUAACUUGUAUAAAUGUAUUUCUGUUUCAGUUUAAUAUUCCUUUUGAGACAAGUUUAGCUAAAACUAAAGGACUCCAUAUUCUUGGUAAUUGAACUGAUCAUUUUAUGAAUAUGUGGUGCAUUUAUUUGUCAUAAAAUUACAAAAUUACGUAAUUAAUAUUGUAAGUGAUAUUUCAAUAAUAUAAGUAUAUUUAAGUAUUAAUAUAAUUAUUCACAGUUUACCUUUUCAUUAACCUUAUGGACUGAAAUAAUGUAUUUAGAUCAUCUAAACAUUUUAUAUAUUGUAUAUUUGGGUUUGCUGAAUUUAUUUAGAAAAUUACGUUUGUUCAAGUUGAAAUAGGUAAAACAAUAUACUUUAACACUUCUUUAAAUAUUUUUCUUGGCAAUUGUACUUCCUAAAAUUUAUAUUGAUAUUACAUAUGACAACUUUGUUAUGUUCUGCUGAUCCCAUUUUUAAAUUUGUAACCCAAGCAUGUACUGUUUGAUACAUUCCAUUUUCUGCAGGAUGUACAAAACCUUUGAAUAAAGUUUUUUUGUUCGGUUAUGCACUAA